AUGGACCACCCGCGACCCCGAAACCGAAGACUGGUGACCUAUGGCGCUUCCACGAGGAAUCCGCCGCCUUCAAAGACCAUAUCCGCACGCGCAUCAACGGUCAAAGAUAUUACGGGAUCAUGCCCACCGGACCGUAAGCUCGAAGGUACCGAGAAAGGAUACAAGCGAUCAUCACGCCCGGGUGCCUCUAUGGCCCCAACGCUUGAAAAACCACGGGAAUCCGCCGAAGAUAGCAUCUACAAUCUACCGUCAUCAGAUGAGGAGGGCCAGAAAACCAUUGUACAGCGGAAGCGAAGGCGUCAAGGCUCCAGUUUAAAUGCUUCCUUGCACAAGGACAGUCUUGAAUCGCGAGCUGCUUCGAUAGUCGAUACCAACCCCAGACCCCGCAAUAAUUCGACUCCGAAACAAGAUGCGGGCAUUUCCGUAGCUAAGAAUGCCUCCCCACGGACGAAGAAGACCGCACGAGACCCCAGCCGGCUAUUCGGGAGAAAGCAAGGAGGAGGUUCACAGCCCAUUCGGCAGACAUUCACGACAACUCCUGAUACCACAAAUAUUAUCGAGUCUACCAAGGCUGAACGCUCUUCUUCCGAGGACAGUGAACCACUGCGGCAAGCUCGGACGGAGAGCCCCUCUGAAAACAAAAUAUCAAAUUCUAGGAAUCCUGUAUUACCUAGUCCUCGAAAGGUCGCUCGGACAACUGCUGGAAGCACGACUCCCGGUCGAAGAAGAUUAAUUGAUUCACUAGCUACAAGAGGGCAGUUUGAUGAUGAAGUGUCACCCAAAAAGCCAAUGGAUAGUCCGCUGUCUUCACCUUUUGCUCGCCGCGGCCCACAUCCCCCACGUCCCCCAAAGGACGUUGGAUCACCAUCCGUGCCAAUCGAAGGCCAUCUUGACGGCUAUGGCCAGGACUCUACUGUCCCUGCCUCCCCUCAUCUUCGAGGCUCCAAAGUGACGUAUGCCCGCCAACGUUCCUUUUUGGAUGACCUUCUUGGCCAGGCCCUUCCCACGGAUCUAGAGCAGCUGGACCCGUUGAUUUCACCACGCGGAUCCAACGAGCGUAUGCCUAGUGCACGUAUAUUCGCAAUUGAUGAGAUCAACAACGAUGACGAUGGGACAGUCCGAAGCAUCCACGAAUUACGACAGGCGGGUGGAAACGCUCGAUAUCGGGGCACCGUCGAGUCGAUCUUCGAGGAUAUUGAGGAUCCACAAAAUUCGGUAUCAGGUCGAAGCAGUGCGUUGACCCAACUUUGUGGCAAACUGUUGGAUUCAAAACUAGCUCGACAGUUUAUUGAUUGUGGCUUCGACAAGAGACUAGUAGAUUGUCUUUCUCCUGACCUCGACGUUGUUCCUGCUGCGCUUGCUCUCUGCGCCUUUGGCCUUGCCUCUCAGGGCAGGUCAUUGCCGUAUAUUAUCGCGACCGCCGCAUGGCCCAAGCUUCUGGAUACGUCUCCUAUUCUAAUGAGCGUUCAGGAUGACCUUUUCAUCAUGGCACAGGCCCAGAAGAGCAAUUUAUCUCGACCUGCCCGGAAUUUGGUACAAAGCACUGCCUCGCAGAUUCGGUCGGCCUUGCUUCAGGACGAUACCUCAAUCCAGCUCUCUCCUUGUUUCCUUGCGUUACACUGCUUCAAGAUCAUCAUCUCGGCCUUCCAAGAGAAGGGUGAGUGCCCCAGUGGGCUUCCUACGCCCUUGUUGAAGCAGCUGGUGGACCUUUUGCUCUCCAAGAGUCCUGAAUGUGACGGAUUUCGGUCAUUUGCACCCGAGAAGUCCCAUGUCCUAGGGCUAGGAUUAUCGAUUCUGGAAGUGCACACUACACUGGGAGACCCCCCUCAGCGAGAGCACCGCGACAUCCUUAGUUUACUGACCGGCAUGCAUGGAUUACUGUACGCGAAAGACGAUUCAGACACAGCCAGCCAGCAAAUGCAGAUGCUCUAUAUACGGGUAAUCUUGAAUAUGACCAACAAUGAUCCAAUGCUGUGCGAUAGCUUUGCAACGUCUGCGAUGGUCGGGCAAUUAGCUGAGAUUGCAAUCACCAAGUUUGGAGAUUUGACCGAGGAUUCUCUAGCUCAGGAUAACAGUCCCCUGGACACGGUGAUUUUGGCGCUCGGUGCACUCAUCAACCUGACCGAACAAAGUGAAGCAUCGCGUGCCAUGUUCCUCCAAGCUUCCAAUGGGGGCGAGUCCCUUCUUGAUCGUCUAUUACAUCUUUUCGCGGAUAAUGUUGAUUCAACCUCCAAGGCUCAUUCCGUUUUGGAAGUACAUCACAAUGUCGCAGUGGGGUAUCUAGCAGUACUCCUUCUAGCACUUUCCCUCGACGCGGAUGCACGAGUUCAAAUAAAGAGGCCAAUGCGCUCCAAUGGGCUGGCAAUCGUCAUGUCUACCGUGGAUGAAUUCUUGCAAUACCAUCGAAAGAUCGAACAGGAAUUACACCCGCCCCAAGCACAGGGGAAGGCGAGUGGUUUCGUCGCUCGUCUCCAGAGCCUUGUCAGCCAAGUCAAGCAUAUUGAGCACUAG